AUGGGUUUUAUACAUAAGAAAGUAUUUAUUGACAUUUUUAUUGACUUGAUUAAUUUGAAUCUUGGAACAAAUUGCCUUCCUGAUGCCUGGAUGAACUUAACACUUCCAGAUGUUGGCUUAUGGUUUAAUGGCAAUGAAGAUCUAAGCAUAACAAGAAGUUGCACAGAACCUUUGCCUUUAGAUAGGCAAAGACAUCUCAUAAAGUUUUUCUUCAGUUUAUUUGCUGAUACCAGAAAAGAUCCUGCUCUGCUUAACUAUACUGAGAUGCUACUUUAUUUUGCUUCCCACACUGAUCCAGUUGAAGGUGUUUACAGAGCACUUAGCGUUGCUACUGGAACAUAUAUUCAUAGAAAAAAAGAAGCUUCUCUUCCAUGUGUGGUAAAAUAUUACAUGGCUUUUCCUUAUACCAACAUAGUGCCAAGUGAGAAAACUUUAACAGAAAAUGAAAAAGAAUUCUUGAAUUACACGGGUAAAGGAAUAAUUUCAGUGGCAACUCUAUUCAAAGUGUUUCAUUCUGGAGGAGGUAAAGAUGAAGAUAAUCAUAGAUUUAGUAAUCUGGAGAAGGAAGGCAGCUAUGAGAAGCAUUUCAUCAAAAUAUACAAAGAAUUAGGGAAUGAAGAUCUGACACCCAUUCCAGUCACACUCCUUUUGAAGCAUCCUUUCAUUCAAGACUUGAUCAACAGGUAUCAAGAAUACAAGCUUCCUAAUAUUAAAAUCUUUCUCCAACGAUCUGAACAAGCACAGUCAACUGAUGAAAAAAUCACCACGUGUAAAGAUAUCAAU